AUGAAAUUUUCAUAUACGGCUCUUAGAGGGGGACUCGGGUUAGUUACCUAUCUCAAUAAAGUAUAUGAUUGGUUUGAGGAACGUCUUGAGAUUCAGGCAAUUGCAGAUGAUAUAACUAGUAAAUAUGUUCCUCCCCAUGUCAACAUAUUUUAUUGUUUAGGGGGAAUUACACUUACUUGUUUUCUAGUACAAGUCGCUACCAGUUUUGCUAUGACUUUUUACUACCGACCAACCAUUACAGAGGCUUUUUCCUCGGUUCAAUACAUAAUGACUGAGGCCAACUUUGGUUGGUUAAUCCGAUCAGUUCAUCGAUGGUCAGCAAGUAUGAUGGUUUUAAUGAUGAUCAUGCAUGUAUUUCGUGUGUAUCUCACAGGGGUAUUUAAAAAACCCCGUGAAUUAACUUGGGUCACAGGUGUGGUUUUGGCUAUUUUGACUACAUCAUUUGGUGUAAUUGGUUAUUCUUUGCAUUGGGAUCAAAUUGGCUAUUGGGCAGUCAAAAUUGUGACAGGUGUACCUGACGCCAUUUCGGUAAUAGGAUCGCCUUAG